AUGGAUAUGUCAGAUCCAACCAUCGAAGGCCCUCCUGCACCCAUUCGUCGCCCACCUCAAUGGAACACAUGGCUAGAUGAAUACACCAAAAGACGACACGUGUCAUACGUUGCUUUACAUCAACUAAUGGAAGGGAUCACGAGUGAUGAGUUUCAAGCAUUGAGAGAUUUUACUGUUAAAAAUAUCAGGAUUAUGACAUCUGGGAGAUCUGCAGCGACACUCAGCAAUACAGAAUGGCGCCAGCUCAAGGAGAAGAUCAUUAAAGAGUUUCCAAAGAUGUCCCACUACGAAGGCACAUGGCCUAUCAGAGCCAUUGUGGCCAAGUAUGUAGUGUAUCGCCGCAAUCAACAUAGUAUAACGAAGGAGAACGCAACACAGAAGGUUAUACAGACGAAGAAAAAGUGGAGAUAUGUUUACUACAUUGGGAAGCCGCUUCCUCGAAAAGCACUCGAAUGCCUGACUCCUAAUGAGGCUUCCCUGAUGACCCCUACACCCAAAAUCAUCUCGACCCAACCCCCACCGUCCACUUUUGGUUCUGUGCACGGUGGACCUUCGUCAAGCCGCUUGAUACCUGUCGUGGACAUGGAGUCCUUCUCAGCCGAAGACCUCCUUCGCUUCCGGCCACGAAAAAUGCAAUGCAUCAAGUGCGCCCAUCUUGCGCCGCUAAGCGAACAAGCAAAAUCCCAGGGGCUCUUCACCAAAUACAUCUCUACCAUAUAUCAAACGUUCGACUAUGCGGAGGAUACCCUGACCAAGAUAGGGAUUAUUGAUGAUUACACCCUAGCCCUCCUGCUACAGCUGCCCGAAGAUGAUAGGCGACGAAUGUUUACAACAUCUGCAUAUUGCAAUGUUGUUGAUGGAAUCGAGAUUUCAAGGCAUAUAAAUACGCUGAAAUACGGAAUGCUGAUUGAAAGCCGUCCAUCAAGGCCCCCAGCCUCCUCCGCCUCUUUCAGUUACAGCCAGAAUCGAACAUCUACUUUCGGCGCUCAUCCUCCAGCUAGUUACCCAUCGUACAGCUCUUCAUCCGAUGCAGAUACCAUAUCAUUCACGAUGAAAUGCAAUGCUUGCGAUUUCCAACCACGAGUCACCCCAUCUUCGCCGGCGCUGGGGGCAUUUCUUACCGCGAAGGGGCUGCAGUCCCUACUCCCAGUAUUCACAGAGUGGGCAAUCUUCACGGACGACCGAUUCGACAUGCUUAGAUACUCGUGGAGCGAGGCUGAUCGAGCAGCGCUAUUCAAUGAUGACAGGUACAUAAAACUGACCGAGUUCCACCGCUUCGCUUUGAUGAUGGCAUUCCGCCAACGCGACUGA